AUGUGCCUCCUGUACAGACGCAACCGACUCGAAACCCACCCAGAGCCUUACCCUCACCAGAUGGAAACCUACAUGGAUACCCUCUUUGGAGCCCAGAUCGUGCCCCGAAUUACCCUGCUCGAAGCGAAUCUGCAUUACUUCAUGAACGAACCCCAUCUUCAAGAUCUUCCAAACGAAGAGGUUAGUUUUGUCGGGCUGGAUAGCCAGAGAUAUCGCCUCCGGAUGUUUAAAGAGAAGGACGUUCUCGACAGAGCUCGACUGGAGUAUAGUGGCGAUGUCGGGAUCGCGAACGCCCGUAAGGUGUUUGUUCAACCUGGAGAGGAGGCCCAUCAGGCCCCUGUUGGACCUAUCCGCGAGAGAAGGAACCUCAUUCGUCAGGCGUUCUGGAAGGUUGGCAUCUUUGCUGCCUCAGAACUGCUGUUCGUGCAUAGAUUUGUAGAGCACAGUGAGGGAAACCUGCACGAUAUCGUUAAUCUCUAUGGUCCCUAG